GCGGACACGUCUAUCAAAUAACAGCCAUGUCUAGAUCAUGGACUAGACUCGAAUGACGAAAGGUUUUAAUUUGGUCCGGUUUAUAUACUGUAUGGUGGAAAAAUAUAUUUAGGAUACGACCUUCUGUAUUUGUUUUGAAGCAGAUAGUUUGUGACCCUACGCAUGUCAAAGAGGAAGCAAUAUGUUGAACAAUUGUCAGAGCAUUUCUACUGGUUGAACCGUUAACUGUGGGUUUUACGAAACGAUCUGUCGAAAGCAAACCAGAUUGGAUAUGAUUUAACCCUAUUCUGGUGGGCGACAUUUGUAAAUACGAGCCAAAUGAUGUCCGGAAAGCAUUUCAAGGCUCAUGAAGUCAGUUGCUGUAUCAAAUAUUUCAUAUUUGGAUUCAAUAUAAUAUUUUGGUUACUUGGAGUGGCGUUCCUUGGCAUAGGGCUUUGGGCAUGGAGCGAGAAGGGUGUGCUCUCCAACAUCUCAUCCAUCACAGAUCUGGGGGGCUUUGACCCCGUCUGGCUCUUCCUGGUGGUGGGAGGAGUUAUGUUUAUCCUUGGCUUUGCUGGUUGUAUCGGAGCACUGAGGGAGAACUCUUUCCUUCUCAAGUUUUUCUCCGUGUUCCUGGGGAUCAUCUUCUUCCUGGAAUUGACAGCUGGAGUCUUGGCCUUCGUCUUCAAGGACUGGAUCAAGGACCAGCUCAACUUCUUCAUCAACAACAACAUCCGGGCGUACCGGGAUGACAUUGACCUGCAGAAUCUCAUAGAUUUCACCCAAGAAUACUGGGAGUGUUGUGGAGCCUUUGGGGCAGAUGACUGGAACUUGAACAUCUACUUCAACUGCACAGAUUCCAACCCAAGUCGCGAGAAGUGCGGAGUGCCCUUUUCAUGCUGCACCAAAGACCCGGCAGAGGAUGUCAUUAACACCCAGUGUGGCUACGACAUUCGAGCUAAAGCGGUCUCGGAGCAGAGGACCUUUAUCUACAUCAAAGGCUGUGUGCCUCAGUUUGAGAAGUGGCUUCAAGACAACCUGACAGUGGUGGCGGGGAUCUUCAUAGGAAUCGCUUUACUACAGAUUUUUGGGAUCUGUUUAGCACAGAAUCUAGUGAGCGACAUUGAAGUAGUGAGAGAGAGCUGUUUGUUUACCUGAAACAUCUCAAGCAAACUAAAGGUUGUAACGAAGAUCUCUUCAGUUUUGCCACCUUCUAAAGGGAGAAGAUCAGGACACUUGGGAAAUGUACAAAACGAAGAGUCUCGCUGCUUCCUCUAUGCUCUGUAUAUAAUACUUUUGUAAGAGUUUAUUUUUUAUAUACAUAUGGCUUUGAAGGGUCGUGUACAAAGCCACAUGUAUGUAUAUAUGGGAGCCAAACAUAUGUGUCGAUAUGGCUCUGGUCAUGUACAGUAUAGAGCUGAGGUGGUUCUGGAAAUGCACUGCAUGCCUAUUCAUAGGGCAUUGGUUCUCCUACCUGUAUUCUUUAAUGUUAUGAUGUCUGAUGUAUUGUACAUUAUACGUCAGAUUACCAGUAAGGAGUGAAUUGGCUGGGUAGCACUUCGUACACUGUUAUAAAGUAACAGUAACAUGUAUUGUAAUGUAAUGCCAUACUGUGUGAAGUGUCAGUUUCUAAAGAGAAUUUGUGUUGCUAAUACCAGCCUAUUGACUAGCAAUAACCAUGAACUAACUCUAUUUCAGACACAAGUGUUGCAUUUCAUUGUCAUGUUCAAUUUAUACCAAUACCAUUCCAUAUACUCCAUUCCAGCCAUUAUUAUGAGCUGUAUAUUUUGCAAAUGCUGAGUGAUUUUUUGGGGGACUGCAUGUAGGUCUGUACUUUUCACUGCGCCAUCUCACAACUCAAAAACAAACAUUUCCCCUGUGCCAUAGGUGUGAUCAUGAUGUUCUGUACUUUCAUUUCAUAUGUGUUUGAAAUUAUGUAAAUAACUGGAUAGUAAGAAGUUUUAAAUAUGUCAAAAUAAAUGUAUGCUGCUUUGUUUUA